AGAAAAUGAUCAGUAGCACAUCCGACUUAGACUAUUUCUUUGGAAACGAUGCCCUGGACCAAGAUAUGCCGAAUUCUAAUCCACCCAAAUACUUUGAAGAGCAGAACAGUGAUGAGUUAAGACCUGGCUUAAACCUUCUCCAGAGCACAGAUACUACAUUAAAAAUGCUGGAUCAAACUUUUGUCCCUCAGUUCGUCAAGCCAUAUUCUGCUGAAUGUGUUUCUAACAGCGAAAAGAAUGCUUCUGAAGUGAACUUAUUGGAAAUCAACUCCUUCGAAGUUCCUUGAAAUGAAGAUCUGACACUUUUUAAAGAUGAUGUCAAAAUGGAAGGGAGUUCACAAAUUGUUCUAUCCUGAUCAGAUGGUUCUAAACCCUCUAGCCCAAAAGAGAACGGAAUUCGAGAGGAUUCAUUGUACAAAUCCUCUAUCAGACAGAUGAGGAAGUUCUAUAGGGACCUCUUCAAGGAUAACAAUAGAAAUAUUGUGAGGAGGAGGUACAAAAACUGAAAAACUAGGCAGAUUUAUGAAAAACUCCACUCAACUCUAGAAAAAGAAGUUUUAGAAGGUUCUCUAACUCCAGACCUUGUGUAUUUCACAAUGGGAAUUAUUGACAUAAGAAAAACCUCUCACUUGCCUUGUAGCCAAGCCUGAAAACUCGAAAUAUCUUUGUUUCUGGAGCUCACAAGAAGAUUUUCCAAAAAGAGGCUUAGAAAUGCAUUGAGAUCUGAAAAUCUGAGAACACUAUGCUGGACAUUUGUCAAGAGUAGAGAUAAUUGUGAGACAAGUAUCCUACACAGAGAACUAGAGGUUUUUGAUGACUAAAGACACCCUGAGUAUUUAAAAAUAAAAGUUGUUCU